AAACAAACUGAUAUGAAGCAAGGAGGCCGGUGGGGGGAGCUCUAGCCUAUACCCAUGACAAAACAGAAGCAGGAGCAAGCUGCCACCCCCAGCCCUAGCCCCGCCCUCUUCUCCCUCCACCCUACACUUUUCUUCCUCUUCUCGUCACUAGAUUCCAACUUCCAGUUCACCCCCGCCGCGAACAAGAGGCAACCGGCGACGACGAAGGCAGAGGAGGACGAACCUUCGCACUCGCAGGGCGAUGACGGGAGGCCGACGGCCAUGGAUCAUGCCAGGAAGCGCCAUCAGGAGAAGGGCUUCUUCAAUGACUGCUUCUUCAUGCUGUGCUGCUGCUUCUUCUGCCAUGAGGCGUGCGAGCACUGCCUCAAGCGCUUCUGCUGCUGCCGCAACAAGGACGAGUGACCGACCAACCGGUCCGGAAUCGGUGCUCAUCCGAAGAUAAACCUUGUGGAUUUCCGAUUGUAUAUUUUCAGUUUGGUUGCCAAUUUGCACCAUUUUAGUGCACUGGUGUAGUAAAGUCCGUGCGUGUACAUCUGGAAUUGGUCUUCCCCUGCAUCUCAACACUGUACACCAAGAGACCCAGAGUAAGAAAACUGUGGUAUUCUUCUUCUUUUUUUGAACCGUAAGAAAACUGUGGUAUUCAGCA